AUGGCCACCAUCUCUUCCCUUCCCUUCAUCAAGGGAGUGUCCUCCCCAAGCCGCUCCUUGAGCGUGCAAGUGGUGGCUGAACAAGAGGCCGCCCUCUUGAGGCAAGUCGAGCACUGGCAUCAGAUGUACUUGGACUCAGAUGCCUCCCUUGCUCAGGUCAAGGCAUCGGAAAGUCUUCUGCAGAAGCAACUGUCUAGUGCCAUCGAACGAGAAGGAGUGUUGUCUUCAAAGAACAUGGAGCUUCGUUGCCAACAAGCCAACGAGGCCGAAGAAGCACGGAAAAAGGCGAUGCUUUGUGAAGAGCUUGGCCGUACACGUUUGAUGCUGCAGCGCAAGGAGGAAGAGCUGCAAGGUGCACAGAGGCAGUCGGCAACCCGGGCUGAGGAAUUGGAGAAGUUGCGGGAGGAUCUGCGGAAGAAGCUUGUUGACCUGGAGAAGCAGAGGGCGAUGGAGUGGGAAAUGGGUGACCUUCGGAAGAAGUUGGAGGCUUCUUUGAAGAAGAUCACGAGCCAGGAACACAUCUGCGAAGUCAUGGACCGAGAGCUGAAGCUGUUGCGGAGUCAACUUCCUGUCAAGGAAGCCGAACUUCUGAAGUUGAAGAGCGAUUUGAAGAAGAAGACCAUUGAGGCUGAACAGCAUGACAAGGCCAUGCAGUGGGAGCUCUCUGAUUUGCAGGUGCGUUUGGGCACAUCUUUGCAGAAGACGGCCGACAGCGAGGAAGAGGUGCAACAGCUGCAGGGGCAGUUGAAAGAGAAAGAAGUUGAACUCGAAGAGAUGCAGAGCCAGAAGGUGGAGGCUUUGGAGUUGCAGAUGGCGGAGCUGCGUGGGCGAUUGGAGGCUGCUUUGAGGGAGAAUUCCACCAAGGACCACCUCGUUCAGCUGAAAGAGCAAGAAUUGCAGAAGCUGAAGGUUGAGCUUCUCAAGGAGCACGAGCUUUGCCACGCCGCGGUGGCUGACAACUGCGAGCUCAGGCAGAUCUACUACGAAAAGCUCAAUGCCUUGGGGCAACAGGAGGCAAAACAUCAGAGGUCGGUGGAGGUUCUGGAGGCCGAGAAGGACAUGUGGCUCAACAGAAGUGGUCAGUUGGAGAAGGUGAACGAUCGCUUGCGCUCGGAUUUGCAGAAGAAUCUUCAAGUGGCCGAAGCAGAGAUGACUUUGCUCCCCACACCACCCAAGCCCACGUCGACACAGGUCGUCCCCUUCCGGGGCGGACUUCCAAGGUAUCAAGUCUUCCAAGGCGAUGUGAACACAGUGUGCUUCGGCAUGGCCGCCUCGAUGGGCUCCUUCUUGCUGGCAGCCGGCACCAAGGGCAAACGCAAGAGUUUGCCCAACUCACGUAUCAUGAUCCAUCAGCCGUUGGGCGGUGCACAGGGCCAAGCCUUGGACGUGCGCAUCCAGGCGCGAGAGAUUCUCCAUCUGCGUGAGAUCUUGAACAUGCACUUGGCCGAUGCAACCGGCCAGCCCAUCGAACAGAUUGCCAAGGCAACCGCACGGUCGCCCCGCUCGGUCGGCCGCACGGUCGCGACGGCACGAUGGGUCGAGAGACCGGGAUGCGGGAGCGCAGCCUGGGUAGGCGACUGCGGUGAACGCUUCCGAUGCGUGCAUAGCGAGAAUCCGAUCAGCGCGAGCGAGAAUACUUGGGUGUAUAGAGAUGUACCUGAUUAUUGUAGAACUGGAGAGGAUUGUGAUCGAGACAACUUCAUGACGCCCGAGGAGGACUAUGGCCUCAUCGACGAGAUCACACCCACCAAGGCUCCGUUAUGGGGCGUGGCCACGGAUCCAGAAGCCCAAGCGACCGGAACUGUAAGGAUGGUGAAGACGUGGAUGGUCAUAUCGGAACCGAUCCCCAGCGCUCCCAGCCCUGUCGCAGGCAGCGACUCUGAAGAAGAGAUGUUGAGCCGCGCACAGCUGGCGUUAAUGUCCCUGGGUAUUUGCACCCUACUGCCUUACAACUGCCUGUUGAAUGCUCAGCCCUACUUUGAGCAGUAUCCGUUCCAAGGCUUAUACUUCCCAUUCACCAGCAUGAUGACCUACUCGUUAUGCCUCUGCACGGCACAACUCUGUCUGACAUGUAAAGGCGAUGGCUUUACAGUCAACCAGCGGAUGGGCACAGCCUUCAUCAUGGAGGUCAUCGUGUGCCUCUCCUUUUUCGGGCUGACCUCAGCUUCUAGAAGUCAUGGCUCGCGGCUCUAUGUGCCCAUGUUGGUGACGAUCGCCGUCUUAGCGGUCUCCAAUGCGGUGCUGCAGACGGGCGUGUUUGGGGUCGCAGGCUCCAUCAACCAGAGGAUGUCCUCUGCGGUGAUGUUGGGUUUGGGGAUCUCGGGGCUUGUGAGCUUCUUCGUCUCCUCGCUGGUGCAGGGGAUCCAGCAUGCGAUCAACCCAGCCACUAGCGAUUCAGCGGACGCGGGCAUGGUGGUGGCAUUGGUGAUGUGGGCCAUUUGCAUUCUCCAGACACUGACCUCUUGCUGGAUCUACUUUGUUUACCUACGCCUGGGCAACGAGGAGACGGCCAGCGCCAUCGCCAUGCUCGAGGAGCAGCGCACCAGAGCACCCUCGGAGGCGAACCCCACAUGGGAUCCAGCAGAUGCCACAUCGGCCUUCGGUCAGAUCUGCAAGCGCCUGUCGCCGAUCAUCCUAGAGGUUUGGCCACAGGCGCUGAAUGUUUGGGGUGUAUUCAUGGUCACCAUGGCCAUUUUCCCCGGCGUGAUAGUGCACUGGGAGCCACCGGCAGGCUCCAGCUUUAGACAGAACAAGCAGAUGUACGGGAAUAUCCUCAUCGGUUGCUUUCAGGUGGGCGACGUGUUGGGCCGCACCAUGGCUGGCCCGGCCGGACGGAGGAUCGGACCCAAGCGGCUGUGGGUCCUGGUGCUCAUGCGCUUCGCGUUCAUCCCACUUUUCAUGCUGGGCCAGCGCUUGCCGGAAGCCUCACCGCUUUGGGGUUCGGACCUGGGACGCUUGCUGCUUUGUGGGCUCUUUGCGAUCAGCAACGGCCUGGCAGCCAACUUGGCGAUGAUGUAUGGCCCAGAAAGCUGUAGCGUCCUGGAGCGACGGGAAGUCGCAGGCAUGAUGAUGAGCGCCAUCAUGGUGACAGGCUCGCCUUUGCCACGCAGAUUGGCAUCAGCGCGUGAUCCUCGACGCGCACGGCCGGGCACAGCCAUACGGUACAGUUCGGGUCAAUGGGUCCAUGGGUUACAUGUGUUUGGAAGGCUGCACCGAAGGUGA